CGAGCUCGCCAAUGCAGCCCCAACAAGGGUUUGUUCCACCGCCCACUUUUGGAGGGCAGGCAGGUGGUUAUCAGCCCCUCAAUGGCGCGAUGGGGUCGAUGGGCGGGAUGGGACCGAUGGGCGGGAUGAGCAACGUAGGAAUGAGCGGGAUGGGUCAGAUGGGAGGAAUGGGUCAACCCGGAAUAGGCAUGCAAAAUAUGGGUAUUCCCCAAACGCAGCAACAAGGUGUACCGGGCAUGCCAAUGUGGGGGAUGAACGACGCAACAGCAGCGAUGGGAAUGCAGUUUGGGCAGAGUGCGAUGCGGGCAGGACAGGACUACAUUGACAAAAAUCUCUCAAUCCAUAUCCCAAUUCCUCUCCUCCGACACCAGUUCAACGUGUCCAACUCGUACGUUCUGCACAAGCUGCGACUCCUAAUUUUCCCCUGGCGACAUCGGCCCUGGUCGCGCAAACCCAGACGAAGUGACUCGGGUGCCCAGGCAGACGGGUGGCAGCCUCCAAGAGAGGAUGUGAACGCCCCUGAUCUGUAUAUUCCAUCGAUGGCAGUAGUGACGUAUAUCCUUCUCAGUGCGCUACAAACGGGGCUACAAUCCCGUUUCCACCCCGAAGUCCUCGGCAUCGUCGCCUCUAAAGCACUUGCCGUGCUCGUGAUCGAAUUCAUGAGCAUUCAACUCGGGUGCUACCUGCUUAAUAUACAGGGUCAAGGGCAAGUAGUGGAUCUGGUCGCAUUUGGUGGGUACAAGUUCGUGGGAGUGAUAUUCACGAUGCUGGUCGGACUGCUGAAUCUCGGACGGACGGUAUACUGGCUGACGUUCCUAUACGCCUUCUGUGCAACAGGGUUCUUCCUUCUCCGCUCUCUGCGUCAAGUCGUCCUUCCCGACACGUCCGCUUCACCGUCAAAUGUGACUGUCACGAGCGCGCAAAGGGGAAGGCGUAUUCAGUUCUUGUUCAUCAUCGCUGUCAGCCAGUUGUUGUAUAUGUGGAUUCUUGCGUGGGUAUGACGCUUGUCAAAGUUCGGAGUCGUCGCACUGGCGCGUAGAUGAUAAAAUACAAUGUGGCUACUUCUGCCGUUCUCUUUUCGAUUCACACAUCUCUCGAGUCUCUUGACUGUAGGAAUCCCGUAGGUCACAUUGUCCUGCAAGUGAAUCACGUUCUAUUUUAUCUGGCGGAGAUCUCAACUUUCCGUAGACGGACAAUGGAAUGGGACUUUCUCGUUAUGAGGAAUCACGUGGAUACUCCAUCGCAGUGGUCAGAUCUGGCAGCUGUGAGCGGCGGAGUGAUUUGUCGAACCUCGGGAAGCGCUUGAGACAAGGCGGACACUGAUGAGGUGUAUGUUUCGCACAUAACGCCGGAUAACUUCUUUCGGAGCUCAGUCCACUCCAGCGUUGCCCUCGUCGUCUCAUCCCAGAGUUCCUCCGAUUCUGGCCAGCAACGCUUGAAUGUUUGUCUAAAGAGCUCGCGUUGUUGCCUCUUAUAUCGCAACGUGUCGCUCGCCCCAUAGUAUGCGAGAAGAUGGUAUGCCAUCCUUAGACCCCAAUCUUUCCAAAUAGCCUCACAGCCUUCUCGAAUUACGUUGUGCCAUCUGCGCCCAA